AUGAAUACACUACUGUUAUUUUAUAUUUUACCUAUCACAAUUUAUAUUAAUUGUGUAUAUACGGCUAACUCAGAUGAAAUACAAAACCUACCUGGCCUACCUGAACCUGUAAAAUUUCGACAAUACUCCGGCUAUUUAAAUGCAACCAAAGGUCGACAUCAUUUUUAUUGGUACUUCGAAAGUGAGCAAGAUCCUCAAAACGCACCGGUAGUCCUAUGGCUAAAUGGUGGUCCUAUGUGUAGUUCCCUAUUAGGAAUGUUCACUGAGCAUGGACCAUAUACAGUGGACAGCAAAGGCAUAAAAUUGACCAUGAACAAAUACUCGUGGAAUAAAGUGGUCAAUAUUAUAUACAUGGAAUCGCCUGCCGGUGCGGGAUUUAGUUACGAUGAAAAUUAUCCUGAACCACUAAAUGAUAACAAUACUACAGCUGUGGCUAACUAUUUUGCCCUGGAGAGUUUUUUCGACAAAUACCCACACCUUAAGAAAAAUGCAUUUUAUAUAACCGGUGAGAGUUAUGGUGGCGUUUAUGUCCCGAUGUUAGCCAAUGAGAUAUUUACACGAAAAUCAAGCAUAAAUCUGCAAGGCAUUGCUAUUGGUAACGGACUAUUUGAUUGGUCUGCAGCUGACGUUUUACAAGUGCCCACACUGUCGCAAUAUGACUUUGCUCUUGGUCAUGGAUUAAUAAGCCACGGUUUUUACCAACAAAAAAUUAGUAGCUGCUGUAGUAUUGACCAGGAUAACAAGUGGAAAUGUGACUUUCUUAACCCGGUUAAUAAAACAAAAUGUGACUCGGUCAAAAAGGAACCAGUAUCCAUAAUGAAUCUAUAUAAUAUAUACUCCGACUGCCACCUGGAUAUGGAGCCGGUUAAUGGGUCUCAAUAUGAUCCAUUUUAUAACCCAAACACCACUAAUCACAAAUUAUUGAAGCAAGCACAAAAUACAAACCAACCCGAUUACUGUCCCCACUCGGGCCACAAGGAGUACCUGAACCGGGCGGACGUACGUCAGGCACUGCACGUACGCAAUGAUGCGCCCAAACAAUGGUCGGCCUAUAAGGGCGAAAAGGGUUACACAAAAGUCUUACGGAAUGGGAGCCAGACUUUCGUAGACUUAAUAGAAAAGUACAGAAUCGGGAAAAUACUCGUAUAUAACGGAGACUUCGAUAGUAUUUGUGAUUUUAUAACCGACGCCCGGUUUGUGGAGGGACUGGGAUAUAGGUAUACCGAAGAGUACAGACCCUGGACAGUUGAUGGCAAACCGGAUGGGGUGGAGGGAGGUUUUGUGCAGCAUUAUGAGCGAGGUCUCAGUUAUUUGACAGUCAGGGGCGCCGGACAUGCCGUUCCCACCUAUAAACCUGAGGCCGCCCUACAGAUACUGAAAGCAUUGCUCGGAUAUACAAAACUUAACCCUGAUGAAAUACUUAGUUUACCUCGCUUAGAUGAGCCGAUAAAGUUCCGACAGUAUUCAGACUAUUUGGACUCAACCACUGGGCGACACCAAUUUUAUUGGUAUCACGAAAGUGAACUAGAUCCUGAAAACGCACCGGUAGUCCUAUGGCUAAAUGGUGGCCCUAUUUUGUACAUUUAA